UUUCUGCACUCAUGUCGUGUUUAUAUUGAUGCAUAUAAUAUAAUUUAUAUAGACAAACUCAGUCUGAACCUAACUGCGACACUAACACAAGAAAAAAGCCUCCAGCAGCAGUGUUAUCCUCUGGACUCUCUUGCAGGUUCCUGUGUGUUUCACCGGCUUUGUUGCUCCUUUGCACCGAUUUAGCAGGCCCGGAGCGAUGGCGUCCGUGUGGCAGCAGGAGCCGUCGGGUUAUUCCCCCUGCGUGGAGAUCGACUCCAGCUCAGUGAGGUGCAAAGACAGAUUCACCUCUCCGGCCUGGCUGAAGCAGGAACAAGACGACCUGCGCAUCAUCAAGUGGGAGAACUUUCAAACGGGACCCUCGGCCGACGCCGUUCAGGACAACACACCCAGCAGUGCCAUGUCUGCUGCCUCACAUGUAGAGAGUCUGCCCCCGCGGGUGCUGCUGACCAUCACCAAGCUGCAGUGCAUGCUGGAGAGCAAACAGGAGCGCAUCGCUGCCCUGGAGAGACAGGUGGAGGACCUGAUGCAGGACCGCAAGUUCCUGAGGAGCCAGAUCGAAAACCUCACGUGCAACCGGGUCAUGCCGACGUUUGCAUCACCCAGUCCACUAACUGAAGCUCCUAAACACAGCAAAGUGCAGCACUCGGAGAACAGAUCCCGGAAGCGAGAAAGAGCGUCGUCUUGUUCCUCCGACAGCAGCGUCAGCGGCUCCGAAGUGUCAGAAUCAUCGGAGGUUUCAGUCGCCUCGAGUGAAUACAGAAGGAAGAAACACCACAAGGACAAGAAAAGAUCAAAGAAGGGGAAGGACUACAGCAGGAAGAGAGCCACGGGAGUCCAGUACGUCAUCCACCGCUACAAACAAGUCCUGUCGUCCUUCAUCAAGAAGAAGAGCAUGAGCGAAGCCUUCCGUCACCUGGGGAUCGACCGGAACACCAUCGCCAACACGGCCUCCAUCGCCGAGCUCCAUCUGGCCGGCAAAGACAUGGUCCCCCUGGUGGGCCUGUUCCGCCAAGGAGAAGAGACUCUGGUCAGCUACGCCCAAAGGUGCACCCUGGUCAUCGACAGCGACGCCGACCUGUCCAGGAAAAUAGACCAUAUGAAAGCUAACGGCGAGCUUCUGCCCAUCUCGGGGAAAAGACCCAGGGUGUUGCAUUCUCACCUGCAGCAGCUGGGGUGCGCUGCAGAGAGCAUUCUAAUAGGUUGAUGAUCAUUUCAUUUCAUGGCGGAGGAGUGACUUUUUGUUUGUUAUUCCACCAACCUGAACUGCUGGAUUUAAAAGUUUUAUGUGACAUUUCUGCAUUUUUUUCUCAAAGUUGAUUUAUGCCUCAAGGGGAACAAAUAUGUUAAUUAUUUCCAGUUUAUUCAUCUCAGCAUCCACAUAUCCACAUAUAGGAUGUAUAUUUUGUGCUUGAUUGCCAUGAAAGAUGACUUAAAGCUGCUGUCACCAAGAUGUUUUUGUUAUUUAAAAGCAGAGGAGCGUGUAGUUAUAGAAACACCCACAAGAUGGCAGUGCUCGUAUGUUAUAUUAUGUCCACAAAUCACUCCUCUUUGUCAUUUUACUCCAAAAUGGUGGACAGUCAAUUUCCAUUUUCCAGCACCUUGCUUUUUUUGUUUGAGGUGUAACUUUCUGUUCAUGGCAAAAAAAAAUGAUUUUGUUGACACUAUCAUGUGAUUUAAACGCUGUUAUUGAUCUGAGCAAUUUGAAAACAUGUGUUUAAUGUUUCUGAACUGCCAACAAAUGAAAACACUGUUUGUUCACACAGAUAUGUCAGUGACUUAUGUUGCUUUUCUGUGAUACUACUGUACAUGACCUUUAACAGAAUCUGUAACCUCUCAGAAAAGGGGUCAAAGGUCAUAGGAUGUUGAAGGAGCCCUAAAGUAAAACAUCUGCAUCACAUCA